AUGGGCUUAUGCGCGAAUGAUACGAAAAGGAGACGACCAUUCAAGACCAUCAUCAUACCUAGAGGGAUAAUCAACCCGUAUGAGCACAACGUUAUAGAAAUCCCGCUGAAUUUGGAUACCGCUAGCAACUUGAUAGUCAAGGCACCGACCGAUGCCAAUUCUUGCUUCUCGGUGGAGCCCUAUCGGGGGAACGUGGCGACGCCGCCGCCGCAGCCGAUGGUCCAGCCCUAUCCUGGCGAGGUCAAUUUACCGGUGGUAGGACCGACACCCCAGGUGAUUUCAACGGAUAGUGGGGCUAGAGUUUGCCCUCAGGAUGGAAUUACUUGUAUAAAAACAACGUAUUCGAACGAUAGACCAAGGAAGGUAGAUUUCUGCGGCCAAACUCCAAACCCGUAUUUACCUACCAAGAAAUGGUCCACUUGUGAUCAGUUAAUCCAGUCGUCCUUUAACCUACCCGAGCGACGACCGCUGCCGGUUCCAGAGGCUCAUUCCCCAUUGUGUCCAAUUUGUGCUAGAGCUUCAUGCAAAUAUUUAUCUAAUUCUGGAAUAAACCGUCCUUACAGUAGUAGAUUUAGUCACUUUUCUCCCACUUUAGGUCAGCGAGAUCCCCCAAACCCUAGUAAUAUUCAUUUUGCGAUCCCUACGACUCCCUAUCGCGAUCCCUACCGGUCGCCGUAUUUACCAACCGAACGAACCGAGUCUAUCAGACCAAGAGAAAAAGUCGACAACGAAGCCUUAAGUCGAAUGGUGGACGAAAAAAUUGAAAAAAUCUUGAAACCCGUGCUGUUUUCACUAGGGAAGCUGUCUCCAGAGGACGACGAUCGGGAAAAAUAUCUAGCAUCGACUGGUCCAUCAAAAUUCAGCUAUUCCUCAAUCCGACCCAAACAAUCAAGAGAACAGUGCAACCCCCGGAAGUACGAAGACGACUAUAGAGUGAGGAACCCUUCGCCGUACGAGGCGCCUGAUUAUGAAGAUUUGAGGCGCGAAACGAGAAGGAGGGACAGCGAUUAUUUGGGUGGUACCACGAGAUCGUCCUUUCGUAGCACCGACUUCGAUCCGGACGAGUCGAGAAGACGACCUGCCUGUGGUGAUCGUGAUCCGUGCCCACCCAAUGCCUCCUGUCAAAAACGUGUCGGCGUUAGCUUUGACGAUACAGGAAAUAAAAGUAUUAGUUCAAAGUUAAACGAAAGAUUGGAUCUGAAUGCCCCGUCGAAUGAGUCUCUCCUCAAUAAGAGAAUUUAAGUCGCACAAGUCUAGAACGGUUGUCUUAAAUAAAAAUUGCU